AGAAACGCUGAUAUGUAACGUGGAGUUGCUCUCAUUGUUGCAAAUUUAGUAUUGCAAAAUAAUUCGAUUUUUGUCUUUACUGACUUUUCUCGACCUCUUCCACUUACCACAAGUCUUUUUUCCUUAUUGUAUUGCAAUAAAUAGACGCAGGUUGCACUGCCAAAAAAAGAAGAAGAAAAAAGCACACUGAACACAAAGUAAGAAUCGCUCUAACCUUGGUAUUUUUAGUGUUUGUAUGGUUUCCACCCUAGUUUCUACUCGCGGGAUUACAGUCGGCCCAAUCCCAGCCAUCAGGAAUCACUUAAGGACUGGCCAGCGUCCUGCGACGAGUGUGCGCUUUUGACCCGUGCAGGUCCUCCUCGGCGCUGCGACUGUGUCACCCGCAUCGGCGCUUUUUCUGGAGGAAGUGGAUGAAAUCCCACUCGCACAAUGUCGUUCGGCCAGCUACUGUCAGGCCUGCUUAUGCCGUACCAAAGCACAUCGAACGGCCGGAUUAUGUCGCAAAUGGACUCGUCCCGGAAUGGCCCGACUAUAUUGAACUAAAAAACGCAGAGCAAAUCCAAGGCCUGGCCAGAGCGUGUCGCCUCGCUCGACAUGUGCUGCUGCUUGCCGGACAAAGUCUGAAAGUGGGUAUGACAACAGAUGAAGUCGACUUCGUGGUACAUCAGGAGAUCGUCCGGCACGACGCGUACCCCUCCCCUCUCAGAUACGGAGGCUUCCCAAAAUCCGUUUGUACUUCAGUCAACAACGUGGUGUGUCACGGCAUACCUGACAGUCGGCCACUUCAAGACGGCGACAUUAUCAACAUCGACGUGACUGUGUAUUUGGAGGGUUACCACGGCGAUACGUCGGAAACCUUCUUGGUGGGCGAGGUGGAUGAGGUCGGGCGGCGAUUGGUGGAAACGGCCAAGCUUUGCAGAGACCGCGCCAUCGCCGCCUGUAAACCGGGAGCGCGGCUUUGCGUUAUCGGAAACACCAUCAGCGAAAUAGCUCAGGCGAACGGAUUCCAAGUGUGUCCUUAUUUCAUUGGACACGGAAUCGGCUCCUACUUUCAUUGCUACCCUGAAAUCUGGCACCACGCCAACGACAAUGACGCGACCAUGGACGAAGGGAUGACUUUCACAAUCGAGCCCAUUCUGAUGGAGGGGUGCGCGGAAUUUCACAUUCUCAAGGACAAGUGGACGGCUGUGUCUGCGGACGAUAAAAGAUCGGCUCAGUUUGAACACACGGUGGUUAUCACGUAUGACGGAGUGGAAAUUCUCACCCAAUUGCCAGAAGAGGCCCACAAUUGAGAUUUUAGGGCGGAACUGUUUACUUGGACCUACACACGCAAGGAAGUGCUAUGUCAAGAAAGAUGAAGUGUCAAAUAAAAAAGGACUUAAAUUGUGUUUUUACUAAAAGAACAGUCUUUGUUCAUUUAUUUGACUCUUACGUUGUCUGUAACGUGGACAAACUUGUCACUGAAAUGACAUUUGUCCAACGUGAUAUUGUCGCCGUUACACAAUAAACAUUCGACGUGAACGUA